AUGAAGAUUGAUGAAGCGGGUAUUCAUAUAAAGUUAGAGAUUGAAGAUUUGGAGGAGAUAAAAAAUGAAGCAUUCGAGAGCUCACGCAUCUACAAAGACAAGACCAAAGCGUUCCAUGAUAAGUACCUCUCCCGGUGGGUGGGACCGUUCAUUGUUACUAAUGUAUUCGGUCAUGGUGCAGUCGAGAUUAAAAGUAAUAAAACUGGAAAAGCAUUCAAAGUUAAUGGUCAUAGGUUAAAGGUCUUCUAUGAAGGUUUCCAAGAGAAAGACAUAGAGGUUGAUAGCUUGGAACGCCUGAACUACAUUGAGUGA